UUUUCGUUUUCAAACGCCUUUACAUUCUCUGCGUCUUUGCGGAACUCAACCAUUCCUAAAAACUGAAUUUUUUUGUGAUAUCGAGGUCUAGUUCCCAAGAAUAUUUUGCAUACCUCCGCACCUUCGUCAAUCAGGAUAGGCGCCGGGGUCCCCACCGUUAUAACUGGAUCUGAUGGUUGCAGGGUCCGAUUACAUCGUUCAGCUCUAUAAUUAGGAGAGCUCAUCGCUGACGCAAGAUGGCUAAAGUUGGAGCAUGUGUGUGACAACGGGAAUUACGCUCGGAUCUGUGGAAACAUACUUUACGGCAAGAGACGUUUGUAGAUGGCAUUGGAUAGGCUAUUUUUAACCACUGUUAUCAUCCCCUUGUGUUACUCGGGACACUGGAGUUUUAUAUAAAGGGUGGUCCUUGAAGAUGCAGCUGUACAGUAGUGUGUUGACACAUUACCCGGGAUCUUCGCGUAAAGUUUCGAUUUCCAUCGCGUGUGUGAACGAUAACUUGCCCGGGACUACAGCAACUAACAUCUCCUUGGUAAACAGGACCGACAGUCCAAGUUCUACCGCGCGCAUCGAGGGCUCAAUAAGCAGGACGUCUGCUACAAACAUGCCUGCCCUUUCGUGUUAUGAAGCUGUCUCUACAAAGCCGACGUGCUAUACAUCCACUGCCGAGAUCAUCGUUACGCGACCCAGUGGAGUGGAAAGGUCCGUUCCAAUUCACAUCGUAAAGGAAUCCAGAGACAAAUGGGUUCCUUCUGUAACCUAUUUCCAAGGACCUCCUUGCCCGGUCCGUGAUGGGGAGAAUUCCUUCAACUCAGACGCGGGGCUGAUAGAAGAUUUAAUGGAUCGAAUGAAGAGUGGGGUUGAUGUAUUCGAUGAAUAUCAGAAAGUUUUGGAAAACAACUUGAUAAACACUGACAGGAAAUCUGACGGGAAAUGUUACAGGAAAUACGAUGUGAUGGGAUCAGAAAGUGAGCUGUGUCAGAAAGACUCUUACUCAAGCGACUGUAGAAAUACUCCAGAGAUAAUGGAAGUUAAGGUGAACCACAUAGUACAAGAUUCUCCCAAAGUCACUGAUUCUAGAAACUACAGAAAUGAGCAACAGGAACCUCAAAAUAGCUUCGAAGACAAUUGCCAGUCACAAGAAGCAUCUGCUCCUAGCCUGUACAGUUUGCAGAAGACCUCCCAAAGUGCUGCGGAAAACAGAACAGAAAUAAACGUAAGAGUGACACAUUAUUUAGCCGAAGUGGAAAAACAGAACAAGUAUCUCCAAGAGAGAAGUAAGUACAGGUUUCACAUAAUUCCCGAUGGCAAUUGCUUGUACAGGGCGGUGUCUAAAGCUGUGUAUGGCAACCAAGCUAUGCACAAAGAGUUACGCGAACAGACAGUGCACCAUAUCGCAGACCACCUGGACGAGUUCAACCCCAUUAUCGAAGGCGACGUUGGGGAGUUUCUUAUCAACGCUGCACAGGACGGCGCCUGGGCUGGCUACCCUGAAUUGCUGGCCAUGAGUCAGAUGCUGAAUAUAAACAUCCACCUAACUACCGGGGGAAGCUUGGAAAGUCCAACAGUCUCUACCAUGGUGCAUUACUUGGGCGAAGAGGACACUUCAAAGACAAGUAUCUGGUUGAGUUGGCUUAGCAACGGCCACUACGACGUUUUAUUCGACAGAUGUUUGCCGAAUCCUGAGUAUGAGAACUGGUGCCGGCAGUCGCAGGUGCAAAGAAGACGGGACGAGGAACUUGCCAAAUCCAUGGCUGCAUCAUUGUCCAAAAUGUACAUUGAGCAAAAUGGUUCAUCUUAAAAACGUAAGGAUUUUGUAAACGUACUGCACAUGUGUAAACAUGAACCAAGUUGAUCGCACUUUAUCACUCUGUAACUUUAGUCAUAUCGCCUUAAUUUAUUUUUCUAAGUUGAGAUUUAUCUUUUUAUAAGAAUAAUGUGUGGAAGCUACAGCAGGUUGCAGAGCACCUGAUGCCAUUUUAUAUUUGUAUGACAUGGAUGUAUGAUCAAAAGUGCUGGCAGUGUUUUCAGAGAAAUUGAUUACACAAGUUGUUUUUAAUCAUUUACUGUGUAUAAAGAUAGUAUACCUAGCCUUUUCAAAUUACUGAUGUUACUGUAUUAGCCAGUCAUUACAAGCCAAUAUAGGUUCAUCUUUUCCUAUUACUGUUUAUAGAAUGGACAGAAUCCCAAGCACUUAUUAUUUUAGAAAAUAUACAUUACCAAUUGAGUUUUUGGCUGUUUUCUUCUUCUGUUUUAACUUUUUGUAUGAAGGCUACUACUUUCAGUUUGAAGUUAUGGUUGGUUUCGAUAUGUUCAGCCUCUUCCACUGUGGCUUAAUUUAUGUUGAAAUGCAUAUAUACAGAACUGAGAGAUUGUGUUUAUGUUUGCAUUGCAUAACUGAAAUAAAAUCAUAAGAAACA